CUUCCCAGUGAAUACCAUGAACAUGUGCCAGUUGCUAAACUGCCAGAGCCAAGUACUGUUAUUCCUCGAGAAAAACCUUUGCCAAAAUCAAAGCCUCUGACAAAGUGGGAGAAAUUUGCGAAAACUAAAGGAAUCCAAAAGAAAAAGAAGGAAAAGUUAGUCUGGGAUGAGAGCUCUAAGGACUGGAAACCACAAUAUGGUUAUCGAGGUAUCAGCAACCAAACAGAUUGGCUAAUAGAAGUUCCAGAUAAUGCAGAUCCAAAUGUUGACUAUUUUGGGAAAAUUAAAGGAGAAAAGAAAGAAAAAGUGGCUAAAAAUGAGUAUCAAAGAUUGAGAAAUCUUGCUGCUUCUCAGAAAAUGAAAGUAACAAAUUUGGAAUCUGUUGACAAAGCUGAUAAGCAUCAGUUAUCCAGGUCUCUGGCUGCAGCAAAAACUGCCACAGCUUCUUUAGGUCGCUUUACUGACAAGCUGCCAAAAGAAAAAGCACCCAAAAAUUCUAUGAAAAAGCGAAAGUUUAAGCCUAACAUACCGAGCAGUAUGAAGUCAGAAAAAGAGAACAAUUUGAAGAUAUUUGAAGAGCUAGAUAAGAAAAAGCCGAAAUUAGACAUUCAAGAGGCAUUACAACGUUACAUGACAAAGCCAUUGAAGCAACCAAAAAGUGAAGAAAAAGCAAAGCAGGAUGAAAAGAAGAAGAAAGCAAAGAAGAAUAAAUAUGUUAAAAAUGUUUUAUUCCGUGGAGGGAAGAAAAAAGGUUUUAAGAAAUCAAGACAGUGAAAUCUCACAUGUACAUACUGUAAAAUAAUAAAUAUGUGCAAAUUUUAAUUUAAA